AUGACUGUUAUCCCGUCGCUCCCAGCUGAGAUACACCGGACGGACUCGCUGAAUGGAGGCCAUGUCCAUAUCAGCAAUGACCUUGACGAUGUGCCGAUCGAGAACUUCCGCCCUCUUCGCGUCGUCGUGAUUGGGGCUGGUUUUUCGGGUAUAAAUGCUGCUAUCAGAAUCCCGCAGCGACUGAAGAAUGUUGACCUCAGCAUCUACGAGAAGAACCCCGAUAUUGGAGGAACUUGGUACGAGAAUCGGUAUCCUGGUUGUGCUUGUGAUGUUCCAGCACACUCGUACCAAUACUCCUACAACCCCAACCGAGAUUGGAGCGGCUUUUACGCUUCCGCAGAAGAGAUCCACGGAUAUCUCAAGUCAAUUGCAAAGACUUACUCUGCAGAACGAUUCAUCAAAUGCAAUCAUCGGGUUCUGGGAUGCAAGUGGCUGGCUGAUGAAGGAAAAUGGCAUAUCACAGUAUGCGAAACAAUUAGUCAGCGAACCUUCGUUGACAAGGCCGACGUCGUCAUCAGUGCUAGAGGCAACUUGAACGACAUUCAAUGGCCAGACAUCGAGGGGCUGCAAACCUUUCAAGGAAAGCUGAUGCAUUCCGCAACAUGGGACAAAGAUGUUGAUUUGACUGGCAAGACGAUUGGCUUGAUUGGCGCCGGAAGCAGCGCUAUUCAGAUCCUCCCACACUUGCAGAAGGCGCCACAGGCCCAAGUGAAGACGUUUAUCAGAAGCAAGACGUGGAUCAGCCGCCCAUUUGGGAUCGAGUCGAUGGAGAAGUUAGGUAUGGAGAGUACGAAGUUCUCGAAAGAACAGAGAGAGCGACUUCUCAAUGACGAUGAAUACUACCACGAAUUCCGCAAACAGGUUGAACGCGAUGCCAAUGCGGUUCAUUUCCUGACUCUCCGCGACUCUAAGAUGCAGCACGAAACUAGGAAGCUCGUCGAAGCCGAUAUGCGUCAGAGGCUAGGCAAGGCCCCAGAGCUCGCAGAUUUGAUCCUGCCCAGUUUUGCGGUCGGGUGCCGAAGGCUUACCCCAGGGGUCGGCUAUCUAGAAGCUCUGCAGGAGCCCAACGUUCAGGUCAUCAGCACAAGGAUUGAACGGGUCACGCCGACAGGGCUCCAGCUUGUGGAUCAAACACAUGUGGAUCUGGAUGUCUUGAUCUGCGCUACAGGCUUCAAGACGGCCAAGGCACCACCGUUCCCCAUCCUUGGCCGCGGUUCGGUAGAUAUGGGGAUGCGGUUCGAGCCAUACCCCGAGACCUAUCUCAGCGUUGCAAUGGAUGGGUAUCCAAACUUCUUUAUGAUACUGGGUCCGAAUUCACUUGUUGGCACUGGGAGCCAGACCAUGAUCCUUGAAGCUGAGCUGGAUUACACCAUUCGAUGCAUCCGCAAACUGCAAAGGGAUAAUAUCCAGGCAAUGGAAGCCAAGCGAGAGCGGGUCAAAGAGUUCUCGGACUACAUUGACAAAUAUUUCCCUCAGACGGUCUACCUUGACGACUGUAGUAGCUGGUACCGCAACGAAAAUGGUAGGGGAGGUCGGAUAACGGGUUUGUGGCCGGGCAGCGCUCUUCAUGCCAUUGAGACGUUUCGAUCGCCUCGCUGGGAGGAUUAUGAGUACGAAUAUAUGAAGGAUGAGUCCGGAAAGCCUGUCAGCCAGUUGAAGUGGCUUGGAAAUGGCUGGACCUAUGCCCAGCGACACGGCGGCGACUUGGCUCCUUAUCUGAAGCUAGAGUUCCUUGAUACUCCGGCACAGCCUCUGCCCGAGGAGACAGCCAAGUACAGCAUCUGGCCAUUUACUUAUUAG